UUGACAGAGAGUCUCUAAUUCGUUGCUGAGUUCAAUGGCUAAAGAAGGACCUAACUGGGACGGUCUGCUUAAAUGGAGUCUCUCUCACUCCGAUGGUACUCGGCCUACUCGUCAGUUAAGUGAGGAGGAUCGAAAAUGGUUUGCAGAGGCUAUGCAAUCACAAACCGUAGAUGUAGUCAAGCGGUUGAAGGAGAUUACACAAGUAAUGCAGACACCUCAACAAGUUUUAGAAGCUCACGGUGUAACCCUUCAAGAUAUCCAAGAUCUGCUGGAUGAGCUGCAGGAACAUGUUGAAUCGAUCGAUUUGGCCAAUGAUCUUCAUUCCAUUGGAGGCUUGGUACCUCUUCUUGACUACCUCAAAAACCCCAAUGCUAAUAUCCGGGCUAAGUCUGCAGAUGUCAUAAGCACCAUAGUUGAGAACAAUCCUCGAAGUCAAGAAUCGGUUAUCAAAGCCAAUGGUUUAGAGUCCUUGCUAUUGAACUUCACUUCAGACACUGAUAUGCAUUCAAGGACACAGGCGCUCGGUGCAAUAUCAUCUUUGAUUCGCAAUAAUCAAACAGGGAUCACGGGUUUCCGGAUUGCAAAUGGUUACACUGGAUUAAAAUAUGCUUUAGAGUCUGAUAGUGUGAGAUUUCAAAGGAAAGCUUUAAACUUGUUGCAUUAUCUUCUGCAAGAGAAUGGCUUAGACUCUGAUAUUGCUAUACAACUCGGGUUCCACCAUUUGAUGAUGCACCUCGUGUCUAGCAUUGAUGCUGAUGUAAGAGAAGCUGCUCUUCGAGGACUGCUUAAGCUCACGGAAGCUAGAAAAGAGUGUAGUACUUGUGGUUCUAUCAUAGAGAAAGGCGACGAGAAACUGCGACAGAUUCUAGAAGAUCGGAUUAAAGGAAUCAGCUUAAUGUCACAAGAAGAUCUCUCAGCAGCUAAAGAGGAGAGAGAGCUCUUAAAUUCACUGUGGAUCACAUUCUAUAACGAACCUUCUACUCUUUAGAGACAAAGGCUCUUUGUUCUUCCUUUUAUAGUAAGCUCUAAAAUCGUCUUUUAUGUCCGGUUUGAGAGAAAUCGUGAAUCAAACCGACCCACCAGCUAGAGCUUGUGUCUUUAGAACACUAGUGAAGGAUGGUUUACCAUUUUUAUUCA